AUGCAGGAAGAAGAUGGAGAGCAUGAUGCAGCUCAGGUCGCGGUGGCACCGCCCCACAAAAAGCGGGCACGACGAGAACAACCGAAAACGUCACCAUCGUCCGCCGACAAAGAAAAGAAGAAGGCCGGGCAGGAAGAUGGCGACGAGGCGGCCGAGUGGGCGGCGUUCGAGCGCGUGAAGAAGAACCGUGCGGCGUGCCUCCAGUUCCUGGUGGGCCUCACCCAGCGCAUCGAGCGCAUGUGGGUGCGUGCCGACCAGCUGGCCGAGGCCCAGGCCCACGCGGACAACGACGCCACGGCGGCGGAGGCGCGGCAGCGGGUGGUCGGGCGGGUGAUGCUGCUGCGGCGGUGCCUGGAGGCGCUCGAGGACCACAAAGACCCGGACCUCCGCGAGGUGGCGCGGCUCGCGCAGAAGAUCAAGGAGUCCAGCAUCCCCCACCUCAGCCUCAAGCACUUCCUCGGCCUGUUUCUGCCGAUCGAGCGCAAGUUCACGCGGGGGCUGGCCGACCACGAGUUCCUCAUCCAGCGGCAGGACGACGUGCGCACUCCCGCCGCCCAAAAGAUCCCACUCGUCCUCGUCCUGGACAACCUGCGGUCGGCAUUCAACGUGGGGGCGAUCUUCCGCACGGCCGAGUGUUUCGGAGUGCGCAAGAUCUUCCUGUGCGGCUACACCGCCACCCCCGACGAGGAGAAGACGCUGCGCACGACCAUGAACGCGCACCAGUUCGUGCCGUGGGAGUGGCACCAGCGCACGUCGGACGUGAUGGACAUGCUCGCGUCGGGCCGCUACAGCCUCGACGAAGCCGCCCCGGCCUCCGACGCCGCUGCGGCUGCGAAUCCGCCGCUGCCGGUCGUGGCGCUGGAGACGGUGGAGGGCCAGCCCAGUAUCUACGCCUACACGUUCCCCUCCCGAAGCGCGGGCGGAUGCGCCCUGCUGCUGGGCAACGAGCGGCACGGCAUCGAGGCCGACCUGCUCAAGAGAUGUGCGGCGAUCGUGUCCAUUCCGUGCGUGGGCGUCAAGAACAGCCUGAACGUGGGCGUGGCCUUCGGCAUCUGCCUCUACGAGAUCUCGCGACAGUGGCACCUCGAGCACCACCAGCCACGCCCCGCCACCACCGAUAACUCUCACAAUAAUAACAACAACAACGUCACCAAUGACAACUAUGGCCUCAAGCGGCGCACGUUGUGGCACGCCUCGUGGAUGCUGGCGCGGCCCUCUGGCGAUGCAACCAAACGCUGA